GGGGGAGAAGAGAACUGACACGAGAAAAUGGAUUAAAUAGUACGAAGGAGCAAAGCAUAUCCCAUUUCUCGUCAGUCGUCACCAACAAAGAGUAGAAACAGAGAAAUUUCUGCGCUCGUCGGGCAGCUAUUAAGAUCCAAUCGUAUCUUCGCUCCUCCAAAAAUUCACUCUCUUCACGUCUCUACUGUCAGUACAGGAUCGUCAAAAUUGAAUUUUUAUGGAGGGUGUUGGAGAUGGUGGUGCAUCAGCAGCUGCAGCGUUGAACCAACGAAGGCUUGAGCUUUCAAAACUUUUCCAGUAUUACUUAGAUAAAACCACUCCUCAUGCACUCUAUAGGUGGAUUGGAACCGUUGGCCUAGCAUUCCUUUAUGCUCUUCGGGUUUAUUAUGUUCAAGGAUUCUACAUUGUUACAUAUGGUUUGGGUAUCUACAUACUCAAUCUGCUGAUUGGUUUCCUAUCGCCUCUUGUUGAUCCUGAGCUGGAACCUUCUGAUGGAGCUAUGUUGCCAACUAAAGGUUCAGAUGAGUUCAAGCCUUUCAUUCGUCGCCUUCCGGAGUUCAAGUUCUGGAGGCGACCUUGUCAUAGGACAUUGAGAUAACUUCCUAGCAACUUCUGCACUUGCUUGUGGGCUUCCUAGGAUGCUGUCACGGGGGUUACAUAUAGGGAUUCAAGGUAGGCAAUGCCGAAGAGGAUGUUUGACCAUAU